UCUGCCGGCCCCAGACGGCGCCCACCUGUGACUGGUGCACAUCACUGCCUCUGGGCCCCUUCCAGGGGCUGUCCAGCUCAGCCGAUUCAGGGGCUCUUAGCCCGAGGGUCCCUUCAAGAUGGCCUGGCUGUGGCUGCUUUGUGCACUGCUCCCUGCCUUCAUGGUAUCUGUGACAGCCAACUCGCCACCAUCGUUUGGGGACAAUAUGACAUUAGUGACCCUGCCAGAGGACUUACCAGUGGGUGCCGUGGCCUUCUGGGUGGUGGCUACAGACAGCGAUAACGACCGGCUGACCUAUGGAAUUAGUGGCCCAAACGCCAACUACUUCUCCGUCAACUCAAGCACUGGGGAAGUGAAGCUAGCCAGCCCUUUGGAUUUUGAGACAGUUCCUUUCUUCAAGAUCACCGUUUCCGCAAACGAUGGUUUCAACUUCAGAACAAGUGAGAUGCAGGUGAUUGUGGAAGACAGAAAUGAUAACGUACCUGUUUUCCUGAACACUGAAUUCUCCACCAACAUCAGUGAGACCCUGCCAGUCGGCUCCGUGGUGUUCUCCGUGCUGGCGGAGGACAAGGACACAGGGGUAUCCGGUUUGGUGCAAUAUUUCAUAGAGAAGGUCAUCCCCAGCACCGCCAACAGCAACAAUCUCUUCCGUAUCCUGGAAAACGGCUCCAUUGUGCUGAAUGACAGACUCAGCUACAACAACAAGAGUGCCUUCUACCAGCUGGAGCUGAAGGCCUGUGAUUCAGGCGGAAUAUUAGAUAACAAGCCAAAAACCCAAUGCUCCCAGCCGGUCUUUGUAUCCAUCUCAGUGAUUGAUGAGCCAGACCUGGACCCUCGGUUUGUCAGGGAGUUUUACUCAGCCUCUGUGGCUGAGGAUGCCGCUUUGGGGACGUCUGUGCUGACCGUGGAGGCCGUGGACAGCGACAAAGGCAUCAAUGACAAUGUGACCUACAGCGUCUCCAACUCCACGAGGCCUGGGUGGUUCGACAUCAGGGAAGAUGGGGUCAUCUUCGUCAGUGGCUCCCUGGACAGAGAGCAGCUGCUUCUGGAAAACGAAGAAGUGCAGAUACAGGUCACGGCCACCGAGAAGAAUCGGAACAUCUACGGGCAAGAGGCCAAGGCGAGCAUAUGGGUCACAAUAAGGGUGACUGAUGUCAACGACCACAAGCCGGAAUUUUACAACUGCAGCCUCCCGGGCUGCUCCUUCAGCCCCCAGGAGGCUCAAGUCAAUUUCACAGGCUACGUGGAUGAGCAUGCCUCUGCCCGAAUCUCCAUCGAUGGUCUGACCAUGGUGGCCUACGACCCAGAUCAGGGCGACAAUGGUACCUUCCUGCUGUCCCUGAGGGGCAAGGAUGCUGAAGCCUUCAAUGUGUCCCCAGAGCGAGCGGCAGGGUCUGUCAGUGUGCAGGUGGUGGUGAGAAACUCAGAGAUGGUGGACUAUGAGAAGGAGAAAGUGAUGGCUGUGGAGGUUGUGGCCACUGACUCAGUCAGCAGUGACUACUCUGUUGCCACGGUGACCAUCCACCUUAGAAACAUCAAUGACCACAGGCCCAUGUUCUCUCAGAGCCUGUAUGAACUCACUGUGCCAGAGCACUGUCCAACAGGUUACCUGGUCACCAACAAAAUCCAGGCUACAGACCUGGAUGGGGAUGAAUGGGGUCCUAUCACCUACAGUCUGCUUCCAGGAAAUGGAGCAGACCUGUUUGAGGUGGAGCCAAAGUCAGGGAAUCUGACGGUGAAAAAUGGCACACUGCUGGACCGGGAGAAGCAGGCCGUGUACUACCUGACGCUGCAGGCCACUGACGGUGGGAACCAGUCCACCACCACUGCCCUGGAGAUCACUCUGCUGGAUAUCAAUGACAACACGCCCAUGGUCCGAGGCUCUUACAACGUCUUCGUGCCAGAGGAGGACGGCAAUGUCUCUGUGACCAUCCAGGCCUAUGAUGACGACCAGCCAGACACUAACAACAGCCGCCUGCUCUUCAGCCUGCUUCCUGGGCCCUACAGCAGCAACUUCUCCUUAGACCCUGAGACAGGGCUACUCAGGAAUGUUGGGCCCUUGGACCGAGAGGACAUUGACCCUGCCCUGGAGGGCCGCAUCGUGCUAACUGUGAUCGUGGCUGACUGCGGCCAGCCUUCCCUAAGCACCGAUGUCAAUGUCACCAUCACGGUGGAGGACAUCAAUGACAACCUGCCUGUCUUCAACCAGUCUUAUUAUGAAUUCUUUGUGCUGGAGAGAGUUCUAGGAGCAUGGGUGGGCACAGUGAAGGCCUGGGAUGCUGACCAGACGGCAGCCAACAACCGCAUCAGCUUCAGCCUGUCUGGGACCGGCGCCAACAACUUUAUCCUCCAAGGCAACGUGCUAGAAAAAGGGUGGGCAGAGGGUAGCCUCUGGCUGCUCCCGGACGUGAGCCUGGAUUAUGAGACACAGAAGUUCUUCUACCUGACAGUGAGUGCUGAGAACCCAGGCCCCCAGGGCCUCAAUUCUACAGCUAAUGUCACCGUGACAGUGGUGGAUGUGAAUGAUGAGCCGCCGACUCUGGACGCAGCUUCACUCCAGGCCAUCUCUGUGACUGAGAAUGGCUCCGAGCACGGCCAGGUGGCCCGGGUGAUAGCCCAGGAUGCGGACACUAACGCGUCGCUGAAGAUAGAGCUGGUGGACAUCACCUGCACCAAGGCUGGGGUAGACGUGGGCAGCGUGUGCCACGACUGGUUCUCUGUGGAUAACAAUGGCUCUGUGUACAUCAAUCAGAGUGAGGCCAUCGACUAUGAGGCUUGUCACCUGGUCACGCUGGUCGUGCGGGCGUAUGACCUCACCACGGAUCCCCGCUUUGAUGCUUAUAGCAGCAACGGAAGCCUUCUCAUCAACAUCAAGGACAAGAAUGACAAUGCCCCCUAUUUUCUGCCUGACAACCAGACCUUCGUGAUCAUCCCAGAGCUUGUGUUGCCCAACCAGCAGGUGGCUUCUGUCCAGGCCAGAGAUGAGGACUCAGAAGACAACGGGAUCAUCAUGUUCUCCAUCCCGAAAGCAGAAUUUGUCCGUAAAGAUGGAACUACCAACCCUGUCCAGGUCUUCCGGAUUACCAGAUCAGUGGACGCUGGCCUGUUCACUGGCAGCAUCGAGCUGGUGACCAACCUUGAUUCUACUAUCCAAGGCACAUACCAGGUGACAGUCCAGGCCCAAGAUCAGCCCACUGUGGGUCCUGCCCUAGAGACACAGACCACCCUGAGUCUCUUCACUGUGGACCAGAGCUACCGUGUGAGGCUGCAGUUCUCCACCAACAAGGAGGAUGUUGGUGCCAAUGUGGAGGAGAUCAAGGAGGCUCUUAUCCAGGCAACCAGGACCUCUGUCUACGUUGUGACCAUCCAGGACAUAGACUCUACAGCUCGGGCCCGAGCCAGCUCCUACAUGGACGCCUACUUUGUCUUCUCCAAUGGGACAGCCCUGACACUUACUGAGCUGAAUUUGAUGAUCCGGAAGGACCAGGAUGCACUGAGGCAGCUGCUGCAACUGGGGCUGGUGGUGGUGAGCUCCCAGGAGAGCCAGGAGCCGGAUCAGCAGAAACUGCUCACCAGUGUCAUCAUAGGAUUGGUAGUGUCUUUGGUGCUGGUCCUUGUGAUUAUGAUUACAGCCCUCGUGUGUUUGCGGAAGAGCUAUCACCGGAAGCUUCGAGCCAUGAGGGCUGGCAAGGAGGCUCGGAAGACCCCAAUAGAGACAACAGCUCCAACUGCCGCUAUCCCGGGCACUAACGUGUAUAACACCGAUCGGGCCAACCCUGUGCUGGACCUCCCGACCAAGGAUCUGGGGUUGGAGUGCCACUCCUCCAGUGACUUGGACUAUGACAGCCUCAAUUCCCUAGACGAGAACUCUGUGGACUUGGACAUGGACAGUAAGGAAUUCAAGAGGAAGGAUCUUCCAGGAGACCCUCCUGAGCCUGACCCUGAGCCCUUGACUGCGGUACUCUCGGGAAGGUCGGCAGGCUCCAGUGACCAGCGGAAAAAGAAUCUGUCCUUCGCCAACCCUGGCCUGGACACCACAGAUCUGUGAUGGAGCCCGUCAUUCUUCAAGCUCAAACCGUGCUGUCUGCCCUCCCCUAAAAUAUAAUAUAUGGCCUUGC